AUGAAAGAGCUCUUGUUGCUCAAGGAACGGUGUAGUGAUAUAAAGCAAGAUGCUACUGCUAUUGAUUCUCAAAUACAAGCGGCCAGCGAGGAUCUAUCGAGAAAAAGUGAAGAAAUAGUCAAGUACAGAAAACUGGUGAAGAAUGCCUCCACUGCUAUCGACCAGAUAUCAGUAUGUCUUCCGGUACUGGAAAAUUAUGCCAAGUUACAGGAACUUAUGCAACUUAAAAAGUAUUACCAAGCUUUGAAGGUCUUGGAGGAACUUGAACAUACCCACUUAGCUCUAGUUGAAAAGUAUCGCUUUACCCAGAUUCUAGCGAAGACCAUGGCUCCGGUACGCAACGAGAUUAAAGCUAAGACCGCCGAGCAGCACUCUUUCGGUGUCAGUGAAGCGGAGAGAGCACGUAGACUACAACAAGAGGCUAAGCAAAAGAUUGUUGAUGUGGAAAUUGCUGUUUCUGCUGAUGGGCGACUACUGCGGAAGAACACCUCAAACGGAGCAGCUCCUAUUCAAACCUCGGAGAGCCUUGAGGAUGAUGAGAAAGUAUCAGCUCAAGACCUCAUUGAUUUCACUCCUGUUCACAGGUGUUGCCAGAUUUUCAAUGUAUUAGGGGCCAAGGAAGAAUUUGAUGUUUAUUAUCGUCAACAACGAAAAGACCAGUGUGAUCUCGUCAUUGAGCCACCAUCCAAGGUUACUUCAUAA